GGGGGCGGGUCUCGAGAAAGGACAGAAGGGACUCCAAUAUGGGAGACAGCUUCUAUGAUCAGCUGACAGAAGAUGGCGCCUUCCUCAGGGCUGAGAGGAGACUGGACACGGAAUCGGUGGACAAAAUCAUCCUGCAGCUCAACAGAAUCUACCCUCAAAUACUCACAGACAAGGAGGCCACCAAGUUCCGAAAGCUGGACGUACCCACUGGUGUCCGCCUGGGCGAGCUCCUAGUACACCUGCAAGCAAAAGGCGAAGAAGCAUGCAGGGAAUUUUACAGGGCACUUCACCUACAUGUAGAGGAUGUGUACUACAGCUUGCCAACACGCCUACGCCUCAGAGAUUCUGCUGAUCCGUUCACUUAUCCUACAAGUGCCUACAAACAGAGACACGUUAUGAACGACAAAGGUAAGAUGACUGAAAUAUGUGUGAUGCGUUCAAACCUACAUUGUGGUCACGUGUGUAUGUAUAUCUUUCCAGGCCCUCUCUUCUUCCUCGGCUGUUUCAGUCUUGCACUUGGAAUGGCAGUAGUCUAUUACUAUGGCGAAGACAGGAUGACGGGAGGGAGCCGGGCCCUUGGCAUGGCGGCACUGGGUUUGAAACGAAAAGCCCGCGAGGUUCUCGUAUGGUACACCGAAGAAAGCCUAAUGAAGUAAGAAUUGGCUGCCACUCAGGGCCGAGGAGGAUUCAACAAAAAACAGAUUUAUACCAAAGCACAGCACCAUAAUUUGCCUUGUCAAGUGUCUCAUAUGUUUGUUUUUUAUGUAUUACGCUGAGGGUCCAAUAUAGGAAAAACGGGACACAUUCAGUUGCCUAUACUUGGUGGAUAGCUGUUUAAUUUAAGGGAAGAGAGCUAUUCAAAUGAACAGGGAAGGGAUACUAAGCAGGGUCUGCCUAUAAUAUUUAUAACGUAUGAAUUCUCACCCAAUAUGCCUACAGGCUUGUGUUAAUUUUUCCUUCUAAAACAAAUUUUGCAAUUUGACAUUUUUUAUGUAUCCCUAUGUAUGAGUACAGGAAAAAUAUUGUACAAUACCGCCCUCGUGUGGCGUAAAUGGAGUCUACAUGCACACAGCCACUCUGUAAAGGCGGCGUGAAAACGCUAAAUAAUAAGUCAAAUUAGCUCAGUUACAUAGAUAUACAAAAUCUUAUCAAUCAGAAAUUGUAUGCUACAACUUGAAAUGAAACCAGUGCUCACGAGUGCUUGUUUUUGUACUCACGUGACUACUCCAGCCAAUCGUUGUUUUUAGUUCGCGCAGUGCAUUCUGGGUAUAUGUUAAACGUAAAGAAAUACUAAAAUAAGAGAUUAAUAAUACUAUCCACAGCGUCAAAAUAGUAUACGUUCGAAAGUAAGUACACAAUAAUUAAGUUUCUGAAAAUGUAAGUUUGGUAAAAGUACUCGAGCAGAACCGUAAGUUAAAAGUGGUAGCAGGAAUGACACUAUAAGUACGAGUUUUCCUAGUUUACGUAGACGUGUUGUAUGAAAGGAGAGAAGGUUAGCACUCCCCUUGACAAGGAUGGAAAUGGCCCCUGUGGCCUGCAACACAUAAUGGUUAAGGCAUUGCCACCUACUUCGUGGCAUCUCUAACCAAAUUUUUGCCAUUACGUAUUUUUUUUUAUUAAAUUGCACAAAUUGCAAUUUAACGUGGACUUAAGUCAACCCGAUUUACCCCAAAUAAAUGUAUAGAUUGCACCAGAUAUUGAGAGACUUUUUACCCUAAAUUAUUUGUUUACUCUUUAGUGCCUUUUGCCAUCUAUAUAAAUAUAUAUUUUUUAAAUAUUGGGUAGUUUGUACUUAAUCAAGGGCUUUUGGACUAAAAGGCAGCUGUAAACCAUGAACGCUCCAGUUCUAGCUUGGGGGUUUAUUUAGCUCAACAGCAAAGAGGACGGGGUAUGUGAUUGACCAUCAUUAUUAUACAUAUAUGAUCAUGUAUUUCUUUACCAAGCAAAUUCAUUGAGACUCAACAGGCUUGGUUGGAGCUUUUACACUAAUUGAUUCAUCGAUGGUGCUUUAUGAAACUAAACAGGAACACAUCGAUUCCUUGCAUUUAUCAGUUUCUAUAUCAUUGUUCAUAUUACACACAAUAUUAUGUGUUUGUAUUUCAUUUCUUGUGCUUGUGUCUAUGUUCUUUUACUCUUGUGAUGCAAGAUGCCUGCAGUGUAGAUGAAGUGCCACUAAAAUAAACAAACUAACAAACUCA